AAAAAAAUGAGUCACUUGGGAAUCCUCUCUGUCCCGCAUCAUGGCAGGUCUGGGACUUUAACAAAAUUAAAUGACGAAGUUAUGUGUAAUUUUGGGAGGAUUGCGAAAGCGAGGUUGAAGUGAAAGAAGGGACUGAAGAAGGUCAGAGAGGGGUUUUAUGUCAAGACCAUGAAGCAGAGGAUAGGUCGAGAUAGUGGAGGGUAUAGUGGAGGGUGUAGUGGAGAUAGGCUCAGAAGUGUCGAUAGGUAUAAAAAAAGAAAGUUGAGAGGUGCUUCAAUAAAAUAUAACGAUUUUUCAAAUAAACUUCCAACACAAAAAGAAAUAGAUCUGAAAAACAUGCAGAGUAAAACCAGUUACAGGGAAAUGCAUGACUCUUUAGACAAUAAAGCUAUGAUGGCUAACUUAGAGACAUUCGUACCUACCGAAAAUGACUACAAGCUGUCAAAUAAAAUUAAUAUAGACAAAUUAUCCUUAUCAAAUAAAGAACCAAGCAGGAGAUCUAAUAAGAAAAUUGUGUCUAAUUUUUUAAAUAUUCCUUCAACCAGCAACAUUCCUUCUACCAGCAAUAUCCCUGAAACUGAAGGUCAAAGUAUAGCGUCUCAGUGUCACUCAGAUCGAUCUUUAGAUGAAUCCCACUGCUACAGUCCAGAAACUUCUAUUGAUAAGAAAAGACUCAAAUAGUAAAAUUCUCUCAGGAAAUGAACUUGAGAAGACCCUAGAAGUCAUCUCUGUCCACAAGCUAUACAGUAGUCUCUGAGGUAGAGAUCCCAGGUUCAGCACCUCUAACCCCAAAAGAUACAAAGAACUCGAGAUCUUUAAAAAUAAGGCAAAUAUUAUGGAGAUCCGAGACCUCAUGAAUGGAAAGAUAUCCUACGACUUGUUCAAGGCGAAGAUUCUUAGCAGAAGUGAUAACCCAUCGGAUGUCAAGUCCUCAGAGAUUAUUUAUCUAAUGAAUGAUAUAAAUAAAGAUAUUGAUGAAGACUUUACAUAUUAUGCAAAUGAAGUCAAGAAGAGAUCAAAAUCAUCGAACUAUAAAGAAUUAUUUAAGAGCAACAAGAUUUGGGAUUGAGAAAAAUAGAUGAAUCAAAAGUAUAUUAAAUAUAUACAAGAAGCCUAAGAUGUCUAAAAGGAAAGCUAAAUCUGAAGAGAAUAUCAAAAUUAAGAGAGAAAUAGUCCCUCCUAAAACUGCUCAUAAGCCUAGAAGAAAUAUAAAGUCGCACAUUUUUGAGCUUGUAAACAUGAAUGAUUCAAAGCAACGCUCUCAAGGGAAUAAACAGUUCCUUCAGCGGCACAGAAUCCUUCAGAAAUAAGAGAGAAAGACUUGUAGAAAGAAAUUUCUUUCAGGUUCAGCCAUCUCUGAACUUGAUUGACUUAGAAUUUGAAAAAUGGACUAAACAGAUUGAGGUUCAUAAACUAGCACAAAAUCAAAGCCAGACUACACCUCAAAACUACACUUUGAAUGGAUAUAGAGAUCCAUCUCAAUUGCCAAUUUAUACCCCUGUCUACAAGAAGCAGGAUAAAAAGGGUAAACUCUAUAACAUCACCUCGAGAUGGAACUAAUAGCAUCAUGAAGGCUCUCUGUUAAUGGUUUCGACAAGUUAAAAGCAUCAAGGAGUCUAUAAAGCAUCAUAAA